AUGGCUGCAGUGGCUCAAAGAAACGGCAUGGAGAACGAGAUCUCGGAAAACCUGUACAAGGUCAGAGUCCCUCCAAAAAGCACCAACCCUGUCAACGAGGAGGGUCUUUCAGAAUGUUUUCGGGUUGCCAGAACAUCGAUGUAUGUUUCCAUAGCACCUUGUCAUAUCGCCAAUCCAAUCAAUGGUAUCAAAGAACAACACUUGGAUCCAUUGGUGAUGAAGUAUUUCGCUAAAGCUAGAGGUGUGGUCUUGGGAUACUCCAACAUUGUGAUCAAUUCCGGUGAGUCUGAGACAAACGAGGAAAACCAAAUAGUAGCUCCUGUCUCUGAUCUGUCUCCAUUUGCAUUCAUGUGGAUUACUGUUGAUUUACUUCUCUGGACACCACAAAUCGGCGAUACCCUUAAGGGGUUUAUCUACAUGCUGACAGCCACUCAUCUUGGUUUGUUGGUCCAUGACACAUUCAACGCACAUAUCCGGUUCAGAUAUAUUCCACAGGACUGGGAGUUUGUUCCUAAUCAGGCAGACGAGUUCACUGACUCAAACACUGAGCCACUGGAAUCAGGCAGAAGUAAUUUCAGAUCAUACGGCCACUGGGUCGACCACAAUGGCCUCAAAGUGGAGGGCAAGAUCCCUUUCACUAUCAGAAGCAUUCACACAUCGGGUAAAAUGAUUUCGCUUGAGGGUACAUUGGUUUCACCUGAAAGGGAGCUUGAUGCCCAACCAGUUCACGAGAACAACGAAAAGAGCGAAUCAGCUCCAUACAGCGCCGCUGUCGCAAGUGGCUCUCACAUAAAGUUCGACUCUGAACCUGUUGCUGAGACUCCAGAGCCUGCUAAGUCCCAGGAGGAUGGCAUGCCUGGAUAUGUCAACACUUCAGACUCAUCAGACUCGGAGUAA